AUGCCUCCACCACCAUCCGCUGGCCCGCCCUCGGCCACGUCUCUCCCGCUCUCCAAUGUUUUCCAGCGCCAGAUUGAUGCCACCGAGAGCGUCUGGCUCGCAAUCGGCCGCGCCGGCGAGACGAUGGGCGAUCUCGAACGUGCACAAAAGGCAUAUGAACGCGCUUUGGCUAUUAACCCAACUUCGUGGCGAGCGCUCACGUCUGCCGCCCACAUUUGCCGUUGUCGAGAGGAUUAUCCACGUGCCGUCGAGUAUUUCAAUCGCGCAAUUCAGAUUGAUGACAAGAAUGGUGACAUCUGGAGCUCGCUCGGCCAUUGCUUCCUUAUGCAAGACGAACUCCAGUCUGCCUAUCAGGCCUAUCAAAACGCCCUCUUCCAUCUCCCGCAUCCAAAGGAAGACGCAAAGUUGUGGUAUGGCAUCGGCAUCCUCUACGACCGCUAUGGCUCCCUCCAGCAUGCCGAAGAAGCCUUUUCUAGCGUCCUUCAUAUGGAUCCCAAUUUCGAAAAGGCGGAUGAGAUUUAUUUCCGGCUCGGCAUCAUUUACAAGCAACUUCAACGCUACCAAGAGUCUCUCAAAUGUUUUGACCAAAUCUUGCGAAAUCCGCCGCAUCCGCUCAGCCAGAUGGACAUUUGGUUCCAGAUUGGACACGUCUAUGAGCAGCAAAAGGACUACGACAAUGCACGGGAUGCUUGGGAACGCGUACUCCAAGACGCCCCCCAUCACGCAAAGGUCCUUCAGCAACUCGGAUGGCUUUUCCAUCAGCAGGCAGCACCGUUUGUCAAUCAGGAAAUGGCAGUCACAUUCUUGACAAAGAGCUUGGAAGCCGGUCAGUCAUUGUUCUUGGGUAUCUCUCCCGAUUGGAUCCCUGGUUUCUUUGGCGGUCUAUUGGCACAGCCACGGGACGGAUCGACCCUCGUUGACAUAUGGCCCAUCUUGCUGACUAUUCAACUUUUUGUAGACUCUUCGGAUGCUCAGAGUUGGUAUCUCCUCGGUCGCGCUUACAUGACCUCGCAAAAGUACAACAAGGCGUACGAAGCCUAUCAGCAGGCCGUCUAUCGUGAUGGUCGCAAUCCGACAUUUUGGAUCUCCAUCGGUGUCCUCUAUUUCCAGAUCAACCAGUUCAAGGACGCCCUCGAUGCAUACUCGCGAGCGAUCAGACUGAACCCGUACAUCCCCGAAGUUUGGUUCAACCUGGGUUCACUUUACGAAAGCUGCAACCAACAGACAAAGGACGCCAUGGACGCGUACAUGCGUGCCAAGGAGCUCGAGCCUGGAAACAUGGCCGUCAAGGAGCGCAUCGAUCUCUUGACCAAACAUUCACAGGAUCCGUCUCUCCAACUCGGCCCCGCUCCUCCGCCGCGAGACGUUCAUCCGACUGCGUGGUCCAAUUACCAGGGUCAACCUGCAGAUGCACCACCUCCGAUGCGCAUGCAUCCCAAUGCCGCUCAAGGUCCCGGUAGCGCGUCUGGACCGGCCUCGGCCAACCGACAUUCGCCAUCUGCUCCACACUCGUCGUCGAGACAUGGUUUUAGCAACGCUGGUGCGCCUCUCCCUAAUGGUGCCUAUCAACCUGGAGCAGGUGGACGAUCGAGACAUGCCAGCCCGUCACGUUAUCCAGGUGAUCCAAGCCAAGAGCUCCCGACGCCCACGUACCCGCGACCGGGUGAAGGAUAUCGAGGAAGUGGACGAAACCUUCCCCCGGCAUCGUCCAUGGGCCAAGAUGUCGAAAUGGUUGAUGCCAGAGCGGGGGACCGGUCGUCUAGAGGCGGCGAGUAUACUUCUCGUCCGUCUUCGGCCAUGGGACGCCACCAUCACGGACACCAUCAUCAACAGCAACACUCUCAAAACUAUCACAACCUACCGCCUCCUACUCACCACAAUGGCCCACCGCCCUCGCUUCCACCGACAAGCCAGCGCGAUGGACCCCCGAUUUUGCAUCAUCCACAGCCCAAGGAUGCGGCGAGGGCUGGAUCUCGUAAGUCGGAUGGCUUUUCGCGACCAGCAUACCAACCUGGACAACAGCAGCAGCAGCCCUCGUCUCAAGCCCUUCCGGCCCCUCCACAUCAAGGCCAACGUCAGCAUAGUACCACGCGCCAAAGGUCACCGGCAUCUUCCGGUGGAUUACAACAAGGACAACAACAGCAGAUGAUGCAUGGCGGCUUGCCACAUGCGCAACGGUCCAUCUCACCCUCACCACACCGUUCACGCGUGCGUGCGGGCUCGCCAGGUCUAAACAGCGGUCACCCACCGCCCUCUUCUUCUGCUGCUGGUGGACCUUAUGGCUCGGCAUCUUAUGGAUCGGUUGGCCCUGGGGGAGGUAAUGGUGGUCCAGGUGGUCCUCCGACCACGACAGCGGCUAUCGGAUCCGCUUCGUCUGCUGCUGGAGCUCGAUAUGCGGCUAGUGCGAACAUGGGCGUCCCCGACCGUGGUAGAUCUCCAGGACCACCGAGUCAUCAUCAUUCGCAUCACUCCGGUCAUCAUCACGCACCCUCUUCUGCAAGUGGGGGUCACUAUGGGACACCGGCUUAUCCUCCCACUAGUGCAGGUGCUCCAGGGCACGGACACGAGCCAGACUGGGAUAGACGUUAUGGCGCCGGUGGACCUGGUGGACAGGGAAGGGAAAGGGAGUAUGUGGACAGGGGACGAAGCAAUUCGAUCCCUGUCAAACAAGAAUCAGGCGAAUCCAAUGUGCGUCUGCCCCCGACCCCUCAUGUAGGUGGGAGUGGUCAUCAACAACCGCAUCAAGGAAGACACGAUCGACACCCAUCUGAUGACUAUGACAUGCGUGGACAGUCACAUCCUGGAUCGUAUUCUGGCAAUCACGGGUAUGACCACGACCGCCGUCGCGGACCGACGCCUCCUUCGCAGCGACGAUACGAUCCUGUCAACGAGGACCGUGGCCCACCGCCUCCUAGACAAUCGUCGCCCUUUCAUCCAACGGCCAUGAACCCGCGAGACCAGCAGCAACAAGCUGGAGGGUAUUAUGACGAACGAGGAGGCGGCGGUUCCUAUGCGGAGGACCGCUCGCGACGACGAUCGGGUCGCGUGGACAAGGACGACGAGUCAGCGAGUGGAGCUGAACGUGGUGGGUCGAGGAAGCGAGGAACUGGACGCGGCAAGCGAGAUAACAAGGAUGCGCCUCCUGGAAAUGGACCAUAUGGGACAACACCCCAACCAAGCAAUGUAUUCUCUGCCCCACCACACCCGCGAUCACCGUCGUAUCCGCAGCAAGGUGGAGAUGGUCAAUACGAGACACGCGGUCGAACACAUGCGUCUACGGGAUCGUAUGGUGGUAACAACCAGCGAUUUCCGCCAGAAAAUGGGACGCGUGGUCCACCUGUUCCACCGCUCGUGCCGAACAAGCUCUCUUCUGGACCGUUACGCGAGGUUGACGAGGAUUACGACAGCGUUGGUGCAGCCGACGCGUUGAUUAAUCUCGCUGGUGCCGCUCGCGGUGGCCAACCUGUCAAUAGCGUUACGAGCACGCCGGCUGGGUCGUAUGCAGUUGGCCCGCCUGGAUCGACUGUUAGUGCGUCUGGAGGGAGCAAUCGUUCACCGCAUAGCAUGAGUCCGCCCAUCGUCCGACCGGCCUCGCAAACUGCGUCUCGAAAGCGGAGAAGGAGUGGAAGUGCAUCGUCCUUGGAGAAUAACAAUCCGUCCUCGACGCCGUUUGGUGGACGGGCAGCGUCGGUCGCGACCAUUGGCAAUGGAAACUAUAGCGGACCUGCUUCGUCGGGAAACGCAGAGCCAGAUAAGAAGAAGCAGCGUCUAGAGACUGGUUCGCCUGCUUCGGUGCAGAUGACGCUUCCCCCGAUUGGUAUUCGUGAGCGGACGAACAGUCUGUCGACAACCAAUGGACGUGGUAGCGGGAGACCGUCGCUGCCUCGUAUUCAGACUCGCGAGCAGGAAGAGGAAGGUGAAGUUGAUGACCGUGAUCGGAUGCAGCAAGAUCCGACACCGCCAGCAAAAGCAAACGGGCCCAACACGAACACGGCUGACUCUCCUCCUCAAUCCUCUGCUUCUCACGAGACUAUGCGCAACCGCUCGGCAUCACCGACGACUCCUACGAUGCCCAGAAUGGCCAAGUCGAGUCCACCACGGGAUAAAUCGGUAGACACUGAACGACAUCGGUCCAUGUCCAUCUCGCACUCUCGUUCUGCCUCGCUCAAUGUCAAUGGCAAAGCAACGAGCCCUGUUUCUUGA